AUGUCCAUUAGACAUCCUGGUGGAGAUGUCAGGAAGGCAACUGAAAGAAUGCAUCUGGAAUUCAAGGCAGAAGUCUGCCCUGGAAAUAUGUAUUGGGGAGCGAUCAGCAUAUUGAUACUAUUUAAAUCCCUGAAGUUGGAGGAGUUCACCAAGGGAGUGAAUGUGAGUAGAGAAGAGAGGAAGCCCUGGAGCAUGCCAAUGUUGAGGGUUCAGGAAGAGGAGAAAGAACCAUCAAAGGAAACUGAGAACGAGCAGCAAGUGGAUGGGAAGGAAGCCUGGGGCCUUAGGAUGUCCUGGGAGCCAACCCUGCCGUCAUCACCCAACGCCACGGCCACCUCCUUGCCCUCUGCUACGCUGUCUGGCCCCUGGCCUUGGCAAGUGGACUUUCUCUGGGGCUCUGAUCCUUGUCAGUGUUCUAAGCCAGAUGCAGGGGAAGUGUUGCUCAAAGGAGUCACUGUUACAGCCUCUCAGCGUGAAGGACCGCUCUAUCUGAAAGAGUCCCUGGAAACCAGACAGAUGGCGUUUACCUUGGCGCGGCUCGAGGCCUUGGAGAUUUGCCUGAUGGAAGCAGAAGCAAAGGCUAAAGUCUUAUCCGAACAGCUUUCAGCCUCUGAAGGAACAAAAUCAAAGCUGCUUGAACAAGUUUCCUGGCUGGAGAAAAAACUAGAGGCUCUGGACCGAAAGGAAGACAGGGGGGAACCAUAUGAAAAACUGGUCCUUGCAAAAGACCAGUGUAUUGAAAAAUUACAAGCUGAAGUGAAAGCUUCCCAGGAGCAACUUGUAGCCUAUAAACUAAAGCACAAAAGGAAACUGAAAAAGCUACAAACUGAUUUGGCAACAGCUAAGCAAGAGGCUGCCAUCACAGUCCUGGAACUCAAUGAGAAGAUAAAGACUCUACGUGAAGGAAAGCCAGCCCCUAGAGAAGACAGCUUACUGGAAGAGGGCUGUGGUGGUCUCCUGCCUGUGGAAGAAGGUGACCGAAAAAUCAACCUGAUUGUGGAGUUGUCGACCCAGGUUUCCCAUCAGACUGAGAAGAUCACUCAGCUGGAAAAAAUUUUAGAAGAAAAGGAAAGGAAGAUUCAGCAGCUGGAAGCCGAGCGGGAGGCCCAUCCUUUCCCAGAGGUCAAAGACUCUCCAGAAUGUUUACAAGAGGCCAAUUUUCUUAUUUUCUUUAAUAAUAGCAUCACUCCUGUGGUCUAUGACGAGGAUAUUCAAAGAUUCUCAAUGGGAAAACUGAGCUCCAAACGUUGGAGCUAG